AUGGAUCACUCGCCCGCCAAGUUCGUCUUGCUCCUCAUGGCGGCGGCGGCAACCUGGAGCAGCGUCUUCCCCGUCGCCGACGCGCAGUCGGCUCAUGCAAUCGCCGCGGGUUGCAUACCACGUGAGCGGGAUGCCCUGCUGGCCUUCAAGCAGGGCAUCAACGACACCGAGGACGACCUCGUGUCAUGGCAGGAAGGGAACCAAGAUUGCUGCCGAUGGAAAGGCAUCACCUGUGACAACGCGACCGGCCAUGUCGUCGAGCUUGACCUGGGCAUCUGGACUUCUUUCUUGGCCGACCAGAUAAGUCCUUCCUUACUUUCUCUUGAGCGCCUGGAGAGCCUCAACCUCCAGUACGCGGGGCUGUGCGACGAUGCACAUCGUCUUCCAGAGUUCCUGGGUUCUUUCAAGAAUUUGACACAUCUCGCUCUCUUCGGCAUGCUUUGUCAUGGCGAAGCGCCUCCUCACCUCGGCAACCUGUCGAAGCUGGAGCAUCUCGUCCUCUCCGCCCCCGCUCUCGGCCAAGGGAGGAACCUAAAAGAUAUCUCAUGGUUAACCCGUCUACCCCUCUUGUCAUAUCUUGACUUGAGCUAUUUGGACCUCAGCUCAGUUGUUGAUUGGCCUCUUGUGGUGAGCAUGAUCCCCUCCUUGGAGUACCUCGGCCUUUCUAACUGCUCACUUCCAAGUGCAGCCCGGUCCCUCCCACACCUAAACACCACAAAUCUUAAGCACCUUGACCUCUCACGUAACUACUUUGGCCAUCCAGUUGCAUCUUGUUGGUUUUGGAACAUAACAAGCCUCGAGUACCUCGACCUUUCAAAUACCACCCUCUAUGGCCCGUUUCCUGGUGCACUGGGACAUAUGACCUCCCUCCAGUGGUUAGAUUUGAGCAACAUGGGUAACAGCCCCACAAUGACAGUGGAGUUGGGAAACCUAUGUGAUUUGGGAACACUACGGCUUGACCGGAGUCUCUCCUCUGGAAACAUAACAGAUUUUCUGGAGAAAUUGCCAAAGUGUUCGUCCAACAGAUUGCAAGAACUGACGUUGAAGAGCAACAAUAUGGUUGGAAAGCUGAUAAAUAGUAUGGGACAAUUAAACAACUUAACUAUGCUUGACCUUUCUCACAAUAACAUUACAGGAACUAUACCAUUAGGCAUUGAUAAGUGCUCUUAUUUAUGGCACUAUGACCUUUCUUACAACCAUCUUACUGGAGCUAUACCCUCAUGGUUGGGGAAUUGCACUAGAUUGUGUUCAUCACACAAUUCUUUCUCGGGACCUUUACCAUUACAUUUUGGAUCUCGAUGGUUAGCAGAAUUGUCUUUAUCCUACAGUUACUUCAGUGGCCCUAUUUCUAAAUAUAUUUGUCAGUUAGAGUUCCUACUGGUCUUGGAAUUGUCAUACAACUUUCUAGAGGGAGAACUUCCUCAUUGUUCUCGUAAAUCUAGCUUGGUUUACCUCCUCUUGAGUAAUAACAACUUUUCCGGCAAGUUUCCAUCAUCAGUCCGAAACUACUCAAGAUUGGCUUUCCUAGAUCUCUCAAGGAAUAACUUCUAUGGAACAUUGCCGUCAUGGAUUGGAGAGUUGGUAAAUUUGAAAUAUCUGCAACUAAGCCACAACUUGUUACAUGGAGAUAUUCCACCGAAUGUCACAAAUCUAUAUUGCCUUCGUCAUUUGAAUUUAGCCAGAAAUAGUAUAUCUGGAGUUAUACCGAGCUCUUUGUCAAAAUUAACUGCAAUGACCCAAGCAAACUCAACGAAACAUGGGUCCGACAAGUCUUGCACGUCCAACAACUAUGGAGCUAUGAAGAAAGAAAUUUGGCUUGUUGUAAUGAAGCGCCAAGAACUUAAGUAUGGUACUGGAUUUUUUGAUGUGCUGAGCAUUGACCUAUCACUCAACAAAUUAGUUGGUCGAAUUCCAGACGAGUUAACUUCUCUUAAUGGGCUGUUAAAUUUAAACUUAUCAUGGAAUCACUUGAGUGGACAAAUUCCUGCAGAGAUUGGGGCUAUGAAGUCAAUUGAGUCACUUGACCUCUCAAGGAACAACCUUUAUGAUGAGAUCCCGACAAGCUUGUCGAAUUUGACGUACUUAAGCUCAUUGGACUUAUCAUACAACAACCUUACUGGAAGAAUCCCCCUAGGCAAUCAACUUGACACAAUCUACUCGGAGAACCCGUCCAUAUACGCUGGUAACAUUGGCCUGUGUGGCCCUCCUCUCGAAAGGAAUUGCUCAGGAAACAAUGGCCUUGAGCAUAUGAAUCAACAAACAAGUGAGAAGGUCUACGAGCCACUGUUAUCCUUAUACUUUGGACUUGGGUCUGGGUUUGUGGCUGGCCUCUGGGUCGUGUUUUGCUCUCUACUAUUCAACAAAACAUGGAGAGUUUCCUAUUUUCGCCUCUUCGACAAGUUGUAUGACAAUGCAUAUGUGUUUGUGGUUGUUACUUGGGGCAUGAUAAAUGACAAGGAAACUACAAGUUGA